AUCGAACGUCGAGUCGUGGUAACCACUGUUCGUUGGUGCUCCCGUCUUAACCUUAUGGUGAAGUGACACCUCUUUUAAGUGCCAUUUGAUAUCAUCCCCUCUUGACAGGUUUUUUGGGGGUAAACGUCAAGGACGCUAGUGUCAAAGUGUGUUUUGGUUUUUGGUUUUGUGGGGGAAGGGAUUUGAGAGUUUUUUUUUCCGUUAAUUCUGUUCCAACAAUAAUAAUCGAUUGUUUAGAACAUGAAUUUCACUCCAUUUGGCGUGCCCUUGUCGGCCGCCUUACCAGUGGCCACUCAAUUUUCAGCCGGAAAAAUAACCCAAAGUGUCACAACGCCCAAUGGACAAGUUGUCGGUGUUUUACAGGGCGGCGAAAAUGGUGUACAUUACAUUCGUCCUUUAGAUACUAAUGCCUUCACCACAGCAGCCUCUCAACCCAGUCAGGGAACUCAAAUAAUUACGUUACCUAUAACAAUGCCGGGGGCCAAACCAGGAGAUCCUCAACAGACUGUGCAGAUACAAGUAGUGAAUCCUCAACCGACUCCAGUGUCACAAGCAAGUCCGGCCAGUUCUCCCAAGUACCAACUUUCUCAAAUACCGAUUCAGGCGUUUAGUCAAGGAGCGACAGUACUAACUGUAGCUUACAAUUCAAAUCAGGAAGGCAUUCAAAUUUUAGAUGGACAAAAUGGUGUACCAGAAGGUAUGACAGUGGUCGCAGCCCUCCAACCACAAGACAUUCAGUUAAUCCAUGCUCAAUCAGCAACAGAAUUAGAAAAAUCAGAUAAAGAUUCUUCGCCGAUAGCUCUCAUUAAAAACGAAAUGAAAGACGACGAAUCGGUAGCGUCAAUAUCUGUACCCGCCCAUUAUUUACAAACGACAAACAUACAUGAAUACAUUCAAAAAAUGCAGAAUUCUACAUUGCCUUUGAGUCUACAGCAAUUCCUGAAGUUUAAUACAACGGAUAUAAAGAGAGAAGUGAUAUCCGAAGAUGGUAUGAUUGAGGCUGUCAGCAUUGCUGCUCCAGAUGGCAAUGGACAUCUUAUUAUGCAAGAUGUAGCCGAGAUGGAGAAUGAGGUAGAUGAUCCGAAUGACAAAGGAAAGAAAAAGAAGAAGUACAAGAAAAAGCCACCAAAACCUAAGAAGCCUAAACCAGGUCAGGUACAUAUAGCCACGGCACUUGACGGUACCACUCUCUUUUGUUGUCCAGAAUGUCAUAUGGCCUAUCCUGAAAAAGAACUGCUCGAGCAACAUUUGGUAGGUCACAAGAUCGAACGGCGAUUCAUUUGUGACAUUUGCGGAGCCGGUUUAAAACGAAAAGAACAUUUGGAACGUCACAAAUUAGGACACAAUCCUGAACGUCCUUUCGUAUGUUCGGUGUGUAUGAAAGGAUUCAAAAGAAAAGAACAUCUUAAUUUACAUUUUGUUAUUCAUUCUGGCGAGAAGACGGAAAUUUGUGGAGAAUGUGGAAAAGGAUUCUAUAGAAAAGAUCAUUUGAGGAAACAUGCUCGAUCUCAUAUAACGAGAAGGGCUAAGGAACAAGCCGAACAGGCAGAACGAGCUCAGGGAUUACUAUCUAAAGAUCCCCAAGUCAAUUCCAAUACAAGUACGGCACAAGUUACCAUAAGUGUUGGAGGGGUUCCAAAUUCCCAAAUUCAAAUACCAGUACAAAUCCAAGUACCACAACAUCUUCAAGUUUCUGGUUCGGGCGAAGAAGAAAAUGAAGGAGUUGUAAAUAAUGUCAUUUUACCAGCUUCGUCAGAUGGUAUAUCCAUAUUACCUAAUUGAAUUAGGUAAUCGGAAGGUUUUAGUUAUAAGUCUUAGUAGAUAAACUUUGUCCAAACUUUUUUGAUAUUUUGAUACAGUGUAUAUAUUCAUAUUGAAAAUCAUUCAAAAAUACCUAUGGCUUAUGUUAAAAAUUUUUGUUAUCUGAAAAAAUAUAUAAGAAACGAAUUUUAUUGAGAUGUAUCUCUUACCCGAUGACUGGUCUGUAACAUUUUGAAAGAUUUAAUGAUAAAGUAUUCGAUUUCUUUACAAAUUUCGUUAAAUUUUUGUAGAACUCAGUCUUAAAUUUGUAUAUAUUGUUAAUUUUAUUUAUUAAUUGCCCUAAAAAAUACAAGAUAUUUUAAACUUGAAAACUUGUUUACAAUUACGUUCAAAAUCAACAGUAUUAGACAGGUCGUCUCGAUACUUAUAUUUUUGAUAGUUUUGGAAGUUAAGUUCUAAGCUUCCAAUUAAGCAAUUAGGACUUAUAUAAGAAAAUUUGGAGUAUUAACAUUUUUUUUAUUAAUCUAGGACACCCAAUAACUUUAUUUUCCAUAGAAUUGUGCAAUAAUCUCUGAAAAAAUUCUUUCUGUGUAAAGGAUUUUUCAAGUUUACUAAAUCUGCCAUCUUCUAAAUGUACUUUAUAGUAAAAGUAGUUUAAACGAAUUGUUGAAUAAGUUUUACUAAAUAUUUAUUUAGGUUCUACUCUCUAGAUACAACAUUAUCUAGUAUAAAUAAGAAAAAUCACUAUAUUUUUAGAUAUGAAUAUUGUUUUUCACUUACCUACUAUUUUAUAUUAUAAAAAAAAUCGUUUUUAUUGUAAAUUCAUUUCUCGGUCAUACUUAUGAUAUAUUUUCAAUACUUAUGUCAUUAUUGUCAAUAAUCUUUUGACGAAAAACCUCUCAUUUAACUAUACAGUAGUUUCUCUUAAUAACAAUACUGAAGGGACCUGAAGAUUGCAUCCUUAUAAACAAAGAGUAUUCACAAAACCGAUUUUUAAGAUGCUGUACAGCUCAUGCAGAUGUUUUUAAAAGAGAAGUACAGAAAUUAUUAAUUAAUUAUAUUAUAUAUUAAUUAGUUAAUGAAAGAAUCUGUCAACGUAGAUUGUCGUUUCUUCAUCUUUCAUAGCAAUGACCAUACUUAAUCUUGGAACCGGGAAACAUUUUCUGUAACCACUUCAUGGUGGGUGAAGAAUUUGUGGAAGAUUUUAGCUGCCUCCAAGACCUGUUGAGUAGUUUGCACUGAUCUGUCUUUGGAUCAAAUUUCUCUGGUCACUUGUUCAUCUUUAUUUAUACAGACAGCAUUGAGGAUGUCUUUAUCUGAAACUUCAGCUAACAACUACUUUAUAAACUGUUUCAUAAUCAUGUUCAUAAACACUGGAAAGCUCUAACUGUCGAGCCCAAACCACUAAAGGCAAGUCACCAUCGUUAUUUUCUCUGGCCGCUUGGCCCUCCAGUCAUCUUGCAUGCUUAAACGAAUGCCUUAUCGUCUUCUGUUACUUCUUUCCAUGUUGUGCUGAUCAUUUGUACUGUGUCUAAUAUAGUGGCCUUAAAAUUUCCAUCCGUUUCUACUAAUUCAAUUAAAAACCUAGUUUAAUUGAUGUGAACAGCCAGACAGCAUGCGGCGAACUGAACUCUAUUUCGUGUCGUUGAACCAGUGAGUGGUUGCUGCGAUUUAUAACAAAAGUACCAAAUCUUGAACCGAAAAUUUCGUUGUAGAUAGUGAGCGAUAUCGUUAUUUAGAGAUAAUAAAUACAUUGGCCUCAAGGCAAACCAAACAAACUUAUACAAAUCUAUCAUUAAAGAAGAAUUAUCGUUAUAUGGAGGGAGAAUCGUUUUAAAGAGAGACUACUGUACCUAACUCAGUUAUAUCAGGCUCAUUUUUUUCCGAAAACAUCUGUGGACCAAUAGGAAUAUCACCCCCUAAGAGAGUGUGGUGUAUUAAAGGUAGUUUUGUGACCUACCUUUAGUAUAUUGUUUUAUUUUCAGUUAAUAAAAAUAUUGCUAACGCGUGUCUCGUUGUUGUGAAAAUCGUUCCAGCAGUGAUAGCAACUGGGCAUUUUUUUUAAACAUACUGUUUGCAUUUAUCUCAAGUUUCCUGCAUAAAUGUCUUCGAGACUCGAAAAUUAUAACAAAAUAAAAUCGAAUUAAGUCUAAAUCACCCUUGAACCUAUUUGUCCACAUCGAAUGAAGUAGUUUGGAUAGCCUAAUGCCUAAUACACAUGGAUCAACUCAAAAGAAACUCAUUUCUGACACAAAUUAUUUACCAGUAACAACCCUAUUUAAAUGGGGAACUACAGACGGGGUAACUAGUUGGCAACCGAUUUAAAGAAACUCAAUCUGUUUAUACGCUAGCAACUUGAAUCCGCCUCUCAAAGGUUCCAAUGGACGAAGGUUAUUUUGUUUUCAAUUUAUUCACGACAAGUUAUCAAUGCGUUCUAGUGAAAUUACUACCUCUAUUUUAUUUAUUUAUUAUAGUUUAUGGUUCUUUGGAGCUAUAUUUGUUAUUUCUUUUAUAUAAAAAGCAAGCACAAGAAGGUAAACCCUUUUACACUCGAGUAGUGCCACUGGUGCUUGCCUGUGGAUAUUGAUCUUGAACUUCUGUAUGUUAUAGUAUUCCGGAAAGGCGUGCAAUUGUCCAAAGAAAUGAAUCAUGAUAAAUUGAAGGCAAACUCGGUGUUCAAGAGCCACGUAUGCCUGGCGAGUGGGUCUUACAGAAACAGCUCUAGGCGGGAUUAUAUUGCACAACUAGGAAGAGCAUUUGCCGUGGUAGUAUAGUUAAAACAGAAUCAGGUCGGUGACCUUUUUUCUAUGCUCUAGACAGUUCAUGUUUCUGGUCAACUCUGGAUCGCUUAUAAGUCGUACUGCUCUAUUCUUUAUUGGGUCGAGCAUCUUCAGGUUACGCUUGGGAGCCGAGCUCCAAAUGUGCGAGCAAUAUUUCAAAGAUAGACGAAUACGAUUGUUUGUACAUUUGCAAAAGAAGUUUUGAAUGAACUAUUGUUUACUUUUGAGUCUGCUGUGUGUGCAGGGAUAUGUCACUAAUCAGUUGGCGACUAAGUUACUUAAUUUCUUUUCAGUCGCUCCAUGUGUAUUGGGCUUUAUUGAUUUAAAUUUGUUUAGUUCUUAUAGAAAGUUGAAUAAAUAAUAAAAUUAAUUUUUUGUCAAAUAUUUGAAAAUAUUUUAUUGUGACCGAGUUCUAUAGAGAUUAAAGUGAUCAAUAUAAAAAUGUAAAAUUGAUAUUGUCUAAACUCAAACUAUGAUGUAUAUAUUUAUAAAUGUUAAACGUUUUAUUGAAACUAAAUAUUUAAGUAGGUGAUAUCUUUUUAUACUAUUGACAUUCAUGAAUUUUAUAAAUGAAUAAAAUUUAAAAAAAAACACA